GGCCUGCUGGAGGCGCUGUCUGAUCCUCCCACCUGAUUCUUUAUAAACUAAUCUUUGUUCGGGAUGUGAAGUCCACGCUGAGCAGUCGUCGGUGACCGCCCUCUCACUGGUUGCAGUGGUGACAGGCUGGGGGCAGAGGUCAGUGCAGUCGCUGCGGUGCACCAUGCAUAGAGUACGGGUUGUGCUGGGACAUCUCCCGGGGACUUCCAGGGGGAUUCGGGCUGAGACCACUGCAGCCACAUCGGACAGAUCUCAGGACAUCGUGGUCGUGCACGGCAGGAGGACCCCAAUCUGCAAAGCCAAGAGAGGGGGCUUCAAGGAAACAACACCCGAUGAGCUCCUGUCUUCUGUCAUGACUGCGGUUCUCAAGGAUUUGAAUCUGAGGCCUGAGCUGCUAGGGGAUAUCUGUGUAGGAAAUGUGCUACAACCUGGUGGAGGCGCUGUCGUUGCAAGAAUUGCCCAGUUUCUCAGUGGAAUCCCAGAGACUGUGCCCUCAUCCUCUGUGAACAGGCAGUGCUCUUCAGGCCUGCAGGCCAUCAUCAAUAUAGCCGGUGGCAUCAGAAAUGGUUCAUAUGAUAUUGGAUUGGCAUGUGGGGUUGAAUCCAUGAGCCUCAGAAGUGGAGGAGAUCCUGGAGACAUUAGUCCCCGUACUUUGGAUGAAAGUAAUGCCAGGGACUGUUUGAUCCCCAUGGGGAUUACGUCCGAGAACGUGGCUGAGCGGUUUGGGAUUACGAGACAAAAACAAGACUCUUUUUCUUUGGCAUCUCAAAAAAGGGCUGCAGCUGCACAAAAAUCUGGCAAUUUCAAAGCUGAAAUAGUUCCUGUGACCACCACAUUUACAGAUGAUCAGGGCAACAAAACCACCAUAACUGUGACGGAGGAUGAGGGGGUUAGACCAAAUACGACAAUAGAGGGACUUGCAAAGCUUAGAUCUGCAUUUAAGGAUGGUGGAAGCACAACUGCUGGAAAUGCCAGUCAAGUCAGUGAUGGUGCAGCUGCAGUUUUACUAGCCAAACGCUCAACCGCCGUUCAGUUGGGUCUCCCCAUUAUGGGAGUGUUAAGGUCCUUUGCUGUAGUUGGGGUACCCCCUGACAUUAUGGGUAUAGGACCAGCAUAUGCCAUACCAGUGGCCUUGGAGCAGGCAGGUCUCUCCAUCCAUGAUAUAGAUGUGUAUGAAAUUAAUGAAGCUUUUGCCAGUCAGGCUGUGUAUUGUGUAGAGAAAUUGGGCAUCCCUUUGGAAAAAGUUAACCCCAAUGGAGGAGCCAUAGCAUUAGGACAUCCCCUGGGCUGUACAGGAACCCGGCAACUCACUUUACUCAAUGAGCUGAAGAGAAGGGGUAAACGGGGUUAUGGUGUUGUAUCAAUGUGCAUAGGAACUGGAAUGGGAGCAGCCGCUGUGUUUGAAUACCCUGGAAACUAAAGCCUCCAAUAACCCAAGUCGUCUUUGACCAAAAUGGUACCCACCUCCAUAAUUUGUUGCAAAUUUAUUUUUUUAUUGAUUUUGAAAAGGACAUGGUACAUGCUCAGAAAACAAUACAUGUGACAAGUCGUUUUUUUUUUUUUUUUUUUGCAUCUGUAAUAGACAUGAACCUGUCUGUAAAAUGAUUUAAAUAAAACAUAAGAACUGAUGCCGAUAGCGGCCAACAAUAAA